AUGAUCAGAGUUAGAACCAGUUUGAAAAAAUGCGAUGUCAGUUUGGGUCUCAGGCUCAUCUCCACAACUAGAACUAAUCCUACCACACCAACGACACCAAGGAAAAGAAGAGCAACUGUGUUUAAAGAUACUUUGAACAAGGGACCAUCAUUUGAAGAUUUCGUUUCAGGAAGAGCUGCAGAAGUUUCAUUAGAUCCAUUGGAAAGAGCUAGAAGUACUGUGGAGGAAAAUCAAAGACUACCCAAAUGGUUGAAGACGCCAAUUCCCAAGGGAUCCAACUUCCACAAACUGAAAGAAGAUGUUAGGGAUUUAAAAUUGAGUACCGUUUGCGAAGAGGCCAGAUGUCCAAACAUCGGUGAUUGUUGGGGUGGUAAUGAUAAAUCAAAGGCAACCGCUACCAUUAUGCUUCUGGGUGAUACCUGUACUAGAGGCUGUAGGUUUUGUUCUGUUAAGACAAAUAGAAAACCAGGUGCGCCAGAUCCAAUGGAACCUGAAAAUACAGCAGAGGCCAUUUCUCGUUGGGGGUUAGGUUAUGUGGUUCUUACGACAGUGGAUAGAGAUGAUUUAAUCGAUGGUGGUUCCCAUCAUUUAGCUGAAACUGUCAGGAAAAUUAAACAAAAGGCACCUAAUACAUUAGUGGAAACUCUAGCAGGUGAUUUUAGAGGUGAUUUCCAGGCUGUAGACGUUAUGGCCCAAAGUGGUUUAGACGUCUAUGCUCACAAUUUGGAAACUGUUGAAAGUUUAACACCUCACGUUAGGGAUAGAAGAGCUACCUAUAGACAAUCUUUGAAUGUUCUCAAGAGAGCUAAGCAAACUGUCCCCACUCUAGUCACCAAGACUUCGUUGAUGCUUGGACUGGGCGAAACACAUGAAGAAGUUAUACAAACAUUGAGAGAUCUACGUGAGAUUAAGUGUGAUGUGGUUACUUUUGGUCAAUACAUGAGACCAACAAAGAGACACAUGAAGGUGGUUGAGUAUGUAACACCUGAAAAAUUCGAAUUUUGGAAAGAACAGGCAUUGGAAAUGGGAUUCUUAUACUGUGCAUCCGGUCCACUAGUAAGAUCUUCAUAUAAAGCAGGAGAAGCAUUCAUUGAAAAUGUUUUAAGGAAAAGAAAGCCAUUGGAACAACAGCAGGAAUCUUUAAGUGCAUUUAGAAUUUAG